UACUUGGUUAAGUGUGUAUUGAAUUGGCUGUAUGUAAGUGCAUACUUAAAUUAGGCAUAUACUUAUGUACAGUACUGACCAAGGAUCUCCGUUAGCAUGCAGACACACCACUAUCAGAACCAUUUCUACCUUUGGAUUUAAUUGUGCCAUGUCUCUUGAUCCAUAGAAACAUGGAACAUGAAGCAUGCAUGGGUAGGUAGCUGUUUAAUUGCAAGAUGUGAACUGUUAAGGAUAAGUUCUGGUUCAUUACUCAUUUGAAAAAACUUUAAUACUUUGAUUUUCAGAACUGGUACAUAAUUCUGUGCCUAAUUUGCAUGCACAUCUGCUAUAACUCUAUAUUCAAAAGCCUGUUAGUAGGCCUACAUAUUAGGCAGGGUACACAGAGUACCUGAUACUUUUGAGCAAUCAGGCAAAUCAGGUACACCUCUCAUUGCAUGCCUGACUUCAAAAUGAGAUCUAUUAAGAGUGCUGAACAUUGUGAUGUGGUGGCUUAGAUUCAUGCAUGUUUUUUAAAAAAGUCCUGGAAGUCAUUAUUGCACAGUUAACUGCUAAGUGCUAAUAAUUUUCCUGUUUUUCUCUCUUAGUUAGCAAAAUUAAGUGGUUUCUUACCUGUUGAGUUGCAAAGUGUCUCAAAAUUUAACAUAAAUAAAAUAAAUGUAAAUAGGAAGCAUGAAAAAAAAGGCUACUGUUAUUUUAUCUGUUCUGUUCCACUCAUGCUACAUAAAAAUUAAGUUUCCUUUAGAUUUGUUUUGUCAUUCAGUCAUAUCCAGCUGUAACCCAAACUUUCCCACAGAUCUGUAGAGCAGGUUUGCAGCACUUGUUUCUUUUAAUUUUUUAAAUUAGUAUGUUUUCUGUGGUGUCAGUUGGAACUCAUAUUGCUAAACCUGCAUGGUGUUUUGAAACCUACCUUGAAUUUUCCUUUUCAAUAAGAAUAUUAAUCUUCAAAUCUUGGAUUUAGAUGUUUUGUAAAGGAAACAUCCAUCUGACAUAUUUGUUAAAACAUGCAGUUUUAAUCAAGGCAGGAAACCGCUGGCACACUUUUUCUGUAUUACUUUACUAUUAAAACAAUGUUGAAAUAAGAGCAUUUACUUAUAUUAAGAUCCAUGGGGAAGUACCAGAGGACUCAGUUGGUUAGCAUAUGUACAGUUAUGCCAUUAAUUUUGAACAGAUCGUAAAUACCAGUGUAGUUAGAACUUCCUUCACAAGUUUUUUAGCUUUGUGUUUAAUGUUUGUGCCAGUUUUAGUCCCUUUGCGUUUCAAAUUUAAAAUGUACAUUUAAUUGUAAUCACAAUUGUUUAACAUUUAAUGUUUUUUGUUUUGGAGAUAUUUUAGGGGAGACAUUUAAUUCAGAUUCGUUAUUACUUACUUCUGGUAUUACAGGAGGACUAUAAUCAGGUCAAAAUAGCAGGAAGUACUUAGGUUGGGAAAAGAGAGCUAGCUUAGCCUGGUCAAGCUAAAAUUAUGGUUUUCUUCAUUCUCAGUAAAUUUAGAGUUAACUUACCAGUUUCAGAUAAACUGAGGUGACUAGAAUAUGACAGUACAAAUCUUAAAUUUUUUCUACUCUUCCUUCCUCCACCUUCAACUUCACUUGUGGUGUGUAUUCUGUGCAGUCACAGUAGUUCAGUAGUUUAUUAUUUUAUGUUUUAUUUAUUUUGACAUUCUAAGCAGGUAACACCAAAGGAAUAAAGAAAAGCACAAAUUUCAGUCAGCACAUACUUUGAUUUUUUCUUUUUUCCUUUUUUUUUUUUUCUUUUUUUUUCUUUUUUUUUUGUUUUCUUUCUUUUGCUGAUUUGGUUAUUUGCCAUUUCUGGGGAUUAAACUUUAAAAAAUGUUCUUCUUUUCUGUAUCUGAUGUUCUGUGUGCUAUUAGUGAUGCAGCCAACACGAACGGUUGUCAUGUGUAAAACAACUUUCGAUCACCGCGAAAACACCGCCCUGGGAAAGCGUCCAUGCUUGAUAUCGUUUGGUUCAUGAACGUUAAGUUUCCAGUACAGGUAAAAUCCCAGAUGAAGCCAAAGCCCUGUCUCUAUUGGCGCCUGCUCCUACUAUGACAAGUCUGAUGCCCGGUGCAGGGUUGCUUCCUAUACCUACACCAACUCCCUUGACUACACUUGGUGUUUCACUUGGUACUUUAGGGGCUAUACCAGCAGCAGCAUUGGAUCCUAACAUUACGGCACUGGGAGAAAUACCACAACCACCAAUUAUGGGAAAUGUGGAUCCAUCCAAAAUUGAUGAAAUCAGGAGAACAGUCUAUGUUGGAAACUUGAAUUCUCAGACUACGACAGCAGAUCAGCUGCUUGAAUUCUUUAAGCAAGUUGGAGAAGUCAAAUUUGUGCGAAUGGCAGGUGAUGAGACACAACCAACACGAUUUGCUUUCGUGGAAUUUGCAGACCAAAAUUCUGUACCUCGAGCUCUUGCCUUUAAUGGAGUUAUGUUUGGGGAUCGGCCACUGAAGAUAAAUCACUCCAAUAAUGCAAUAGUGAAGCCACCUGAAAUGACACCACAAGCUGCUGCCAAGGAGCUAGAAGAAGUGAUGAAGAGAGUAAGGGAAGCUCAGUCUUUUAUAUCUGCUGCUAUUGAGCCAGAGUCUGGAAAGAGCAGUGAAAGAAAAGGCGGUCGAUCUCGUUCCCAUUCUCGUUCAGAAUCCAGGUCUAGCUCAAAAUCCCGAUCUAGAAGGAAAAGAUCACACUCAAAACACAGAAGUAGAUCUGGCAAUAGAUCUCUCUCAAGACACAAGGACAGGCGCAGAUCCCGAAGUCCUCUGAAAAAACGGUCUAGAUCUACAGAAAGAAGGAAAUCAAGAAGCCGCUCUCGUUCUCGGGACAAGAAAAGAGACAAAGAAAAGAUCAAAGAAAAAGAAAAGGCCAAAGAAAAAGAGAAAGACAGAGACCGAGACAAGGAGAAGGAUAGGGAUCGAGACAAAGAUAGGGAAAGAGAGCGAGAUAAAGAGAGAAAUAGGGAGAAGGACAAGGAGAGAGAUAAAGAGCGAAGCAAAGACAGAGAGAGAGCCCGAGACAAAGACAGGGACAAGGAUAAAGAUAGGGACAAGGAAAAGGAAAAAGAUAAAGAUAAGGAAAAAGACAAGGAAGAGGUAGAUCCUAACAAAGAAAAAGAAGAUACUGAGAAAGAAGGAGAGAAGGACAGAGAGAAGAUUAAGGACAAGGAGGGAGAUAAGGACAAAGGAGGGGACAAAGAAAAGGACAGAGACAAAGAGAAAGAUGGGGAUAAGGAGAAGGAGCGAGAAAAAGAGAGAGAUGAUAAAAAGAAGAAAGAUAAGAGAUCCAGAACACCCCCGAGAAGCUAUAGCUCUUCAAGAAGAUCUCGUAGCUCCAGCAGAGAAAGGCGUAAGAGGAAGAGCAGAAGUCCCUCCAAAUCUCCUAAAACAUCAAAAACAGCAAAAAGAAAGUCUUCACGAACUCCUUCUCCAAGAAGAAACAAGAAAGAAAAAAAAAGAGAAAGAGAUACAAAUAAUGAAAGAAGAGAAAGAGAACGCUCUACUUCUAAGAAAAAAAGUAGUAAAGAAAAAGAUGGAAAGGAGAAAUCUGACAAAAGUACCACUACUUUGAAGGACAAAGAUAACAGUAACGAAGAUCAGAAUUCAGAAACUGACAAGGAAGUAGACAACAGAGAUACACAAAGGACAGAUGAAGUCAAGCUACAACAGAACGGAAAUUGUCAACCAAACGAAGAAAAUCUCUCAAUUAAAAUGGAAAAGGUUUAAAGCAAAGAAUGGACUUCUAAUUCAACUAAGGAAUGAAAUCCAAAGCAUUUUAUUUCCCAGAACGAGGAAGAAAAUGUCAAAGCAAUCAACCUGAACGUGUUGAUAGUACUAGUAGCUCCUCCAGUUCAUGUGAUAGCUUUGUUGUCUUCUUGCUGUAAAGCAACAGGGCACUGACCAGUAGUUAAUACCAUGAAAAGGCAGAUGCCAUCAGAACUAUUCAUCUCUGAAAAUCCAUGCAUUUCCAUGAUGGCUGUACUUGUAAAAUGAUUUAUGUUAAGUUUUGCUAUAAGCUGUUACAAAUAACUAGAAACUGAAAGGUGUAAACCUGUACUUCCCAAAAAAAGCUGAAGAUAUGCAUUGAAGGUUGUUUAAAAUACUGCUUGUUGAUGACUUUUGUAUUGUUUUGCCCUGUAGGUUAAAAAAUCCACAAAAACUUCAAUGUGUGCUGUUUGAUGUGCUUGAAAAUGGUGCAUAAAUAUACGCACUUCCUUUCCUUGUAAAUGACAACUGUAGGGAAAGGGGGUUUAAGCAUAAACAUGGUUUUACUGUUCUUAUGUUAAAUACUCACAGAUUAGUAUGUUUUUCAUUUGCUCACUGCUUGAGAUUCUUAGGGUUUAUUAUUUGAAAUAAUUUCUUACUAAUAUCCCUGAAAUUAAUAUUUCUUUAAAGUAUUUGAGCAAUGCAUGUGCUUUUUCUGUUCCUAGAAGGAACAUUGCCAUGUUAUAGAUAUUAGGUUAGCUUACAGGGUUAUUUUGGGGUUGUUUUCUUGUUUUCUUUGUCCGUAGAGAAGUGAGCACAUCUCUAUGAUUAUACCAGAACUUAUAGCUUUGUUUUGCAAUGUACUGCAGUGUGUCUGUUCAGCUGAAAAUAGUACAGGUGCCAUUAAGAAAAUAAAUUUUUCCUUUUUGUUGAAAAAAUAUGGGAGCACAAGCAGAAGCUUUAGUGCCUUCUUAAAAUGUGGUAUUUUCUAGAAAUGUAUAUGUGCUGUUACACAUUUUUAGUUAAAUCUUAUAUGAUCUCUCUUGCUACUUUGCCACCACCAUACUGUAGACAAAAAUGCAAGUGACUUGCCAGAAUGGUUGUUUGAUUCACUUGUUAAAAUAGUGAAGCUCCAUUUUACUUUUAUUUUUUAUUCUUAGAAGAGAUUUAUAAAUAAGAGAAAAGAUGUAAUUUGGGGACCACCACUGUACAAAAGUAGUAGCUGAAUACAAAGUGUGCUCUGAUCACCUGCAUCAAAGAAAGCUCUUAAGACAUAUAACAUACAUUUGGAUGGCCUUAAUUGUUACCUCUCUGUUAUUUUCGCUGAUACCUGUUGGGCAAUGUAAAAGGAAUGUCUUGCUAAGAAAUGGGGGAUAAAUACUUUGAGGAAGAAGGUUCUAAUUUCACAGGGCUUACAUAGUAGAUAUUCUUUUAUCAUUUUUUGUGGAGAAAGCAUGCAAGAAAAUCACAAAAGAAGUGGUUUUGUCUUGGCAAAACAUAGCUUUUGUUCUUUGAAGUAAUUUAAUUGGUUAUAUGAGAUUUCUGAUAAGUUACACUUUAAAGAUGUAAUUAUAGCUAAAAUUGCAUAGAUUAUUUUUACUACAACUUAAUGCAAUCAAAUUAUUAAUUGCCUUACCUCAUAGGAAGUGUUAUUUCAUUCAGUUAAAAUAAAAAACUAAGUGUAUUGGCUAUUUGCUUUCUACUUGUUUUACUUUUGCUCCGCAUAGUUAGUUUUUGCAGUGGAAGGGAAGCGUAUUAUAGGAAGGAAAACUUUGCCCAACUCCUAAGGUAAUGAAAUCCAUUUUGAUUGUGAAGCUGCUUAAUCACUCAUUUUCUAUAAGAUUUAAUGUUCUUGCCACUGUGUACAUUUAAGACAACAGAAAAUGCUUUACCAUGUAAAGUAUGGAACAGCCAUUUUUGUGAUGUUUAAGCCACAUGCUGUUGGCUGGUAAACAGCUAAUUCUGAUAAAAGAAUAAAAAAUCGUAUGCUUACAGGAAGACUGUGAAAGAUUGUGUCUUGCAACAACAGCUGUCUUAUUUAUGAUGUGUAAGUAGCAUAGAGCAAAGAGAUUGUUUGUAUACUUGUUAUCUUUGGUACCAUUUCACUAAUAAAGUAAGUAUUUUAGAGGGAUGUUUCUGCUGGUACAUAUUUAUUAAAGGAUUAUUUUUAGACCAU